AUGAACUCGAUCCCUUGGAGAGGUGUCAUUUCCGGCGCUCUGUUUGGCGCGGCUUUGACAGCCGCCGGAAUGUACACACCCUCGACUAUCAUUGAGCAGAUGAAUCUCACCAACUUCCAUAUGCUGAAAGCCUUCUUAGCUGCCAGUGGCAGUAGCGCGUAAGUUCACGUUGUCCUUUUCACGCAAUGUGAAUAUCUAGUGCCAAAUAUAUCUUUCUGCGUUGUUUAUAAGCUGACAGAAAAUUCCAGGUUGACUAUCCUCCUCGGUUAUCAGCUCUCACUAACCAAGUGCUCACCUCGUACGCCAGCAACCAUAUCUCUCCCCUUUGGACCGUACAAUGGGAACGUGAUCGGCGGCAUCGUUCUCGGUCUGGGCUUGACACUCUCAGGCGCUUGUCCAGGAACCGUCUGGUCCCAACUAGUGACAGGAGUACCAAGUGCCAUCCCUGUUUUGGCAGGUACAGUUCUGGGAGGGAUCCUCUACUCCUUCCUCAAACCGCAUAUUACGCCUUCUUCCUCCCAAAUCGCAACUGCCAAAAACAAGCCAGCGUUCAGGAAACCCACUCUCACCCAACGAACUGGUCUUAGCAAAGCGAACGGAGUCGCGCUGUACGAACUACUCUGCAUAACCGGUAUCCUAAGCGCAAACUUCUUCUUCCCUCGCAACAAUCCCUCGCUUCUCAGUCCCAUCCAAGGCGGUCUCCUAGUCGGCCUCUCCCAAUUCACAUCCCUCCUCCUCACCACUUCCACACUCGGCAGUUCCACAGCAUUCGAGCAAAUUGGCGAUCUAUUCUGGUGGUCGUUCGACACUUCCAAGCGCCGACCUUCACUGAGAAACACGGCUUUUGCAGUAGGAACGAUACUUGGGAGUUUCAUCCUCACUAGAUAUGCCGAUGUACCGAUAUCUAAUGGGAAGAUUGUGAUUGGAACCAGGAGAGCUGUUCUUGGUGGGGUCUGCUUGGUUGUUGGGAGCAGGAUUGCGGGAGGGUGUACGAGUGGACAUGGGAUUAGUGGGAUGAGUAUGUUGAGUAUUUCUAGUUUUGUGAGUGUUGCUGCGAUGUUUGCGGCGGGGAUUGGAAGUGCGUCCUUUUUGAGACAUAGGGGAAUUUGA